AUGUCGGUUCCUGCUGAAGAAGAAGAGGAAGUUGUUUUUCUAGGAAAAGUUGAAAAUGAGGAUGAAGAACAAACAUUGACUGAGCAGUUGGAGCAGCAGCAGGCGCAGCUCGAUGUCAUCAACGAGCAGCUCGAGGUUGAUCCAAAAUCCUCAAAUACCAAUUCCGCUACAUCAUCUUCUUUUGGCGAAUGGGAGCGCUACACUAGCGGCAUCGGCUCAAAACUGCUCCUCAAAAUGGGCUACACUAGCGGCACCGGCCUGGGCAGCCGCGCCCAGGGCAUCCUCAACCCAAUUGAAUCGUACGUCUUUCCGCCCGGCCACUCUCUGGACGCCUGUUUCACCCUCAAAGCCGAGUCAGAGCGAAAGAAGCUCGACAUUGAGGAGGUGAUGAAGGAGAAGAAGAAGGAACGCCGAUUGGAGGCGAAGCGAGCAAAGCAGUACGAGAAGGCGGUGGAAAAGAGCCGGGAAAAGGCGGAAAAUAACUCUGUGUUUCGCCUUCUCGAUGACAUGUUCCACUCGGGAAGUUCUUCUGCUUCAGCUUCAACUUCCGCAUCCUCUUCUUUUGGGUCAUCAAAGAAGCAGAAGGUGAAGAGUGAGCCUAGCCGAAAUCAAACUAAAAACCUCGAUGCUAAAUCGCUGGCCCUCUCUGCCUUCAAGGUCGACGAGGAGCUGAAGAAGGCGGAGGCUGAGCUGAGGAG